GUGUGCGCUUCUCUCCGUCGUCUCCCGCGGCCGCACCCACCGCCACGAGCGGCCCCGCCCGGGCGCCGUGCCCCGCUCCCCCCCCCCGCCCCUCCCUGCCGCCGCGCGGCCCCGACCGCGCGACCCCGCGCCUGGAGUAGGGGGGGGGCGGCGGCGGCGGGAGCGCGGCGGCGGGAGCGCGGGCGGGGAGGAGCAGAACGGAGCGGAGGGAGCCAGCGGCAGCCCCGGGCCCGGUGCGGCCGAGCGGCUGGAUGCGGCGGAGCGCGGCGGCGUGCUGGGCGCUGAUGCUGCUGGCCGCCGCCUUCUGCGACGCGGUGGCCGGCAAGGGCGGGCGCGGUGGCGCCCGGGGGGCCGCCCGCGGCGGGGCCCGGGGCGCCGCCCGCGGCCGGGUGAAGGCGGCGGUGCCCCGUUACGGCUCGGCCGGGGCGGCCCUGCGGGUGGCGGGGGCGGCGGCGGCGGGAGCGGCUGCCGGCGUGGCGGCAGGGGCCGCCCUGCGCCGGGCCCGGCCGGCCGGCGAGCCGGAAGCGGGCGACGGCGUCGAGUACCGCGAUGGCAACUGGACGGCCGCCGCCAGCACCUGGACCUCCGCCGCCCCGGCCUGGGACCCGCUGGGCUGGGCCGUGUCCUGGCUCUGGCCCCUGGCUGCCGUCCUCCACCGCUGACGGUUUCGAGGGACCCGACCUCACCGUGCCCGGUGCAGCUACCGAUGCCGCCAGGACCGGCCGCGCCGCCCCCCCCCCCCCCCGGGGCUGAGCCCACCCCCCUGGGCUAGCAAGCGGCUCCCAGGGCCGUGCCCACCCCAGCGCCCGGCCUCACCCGGUUACCCGCCGCCAGCGGGGCAGGACCCCGCUGGAAGCCCCUCCGUCACCUUCCCCCCUCCACCCCGUGCCAAACCCCACCGGCUCGGGCACCCUGUUGGCGCCGCUCCUCUGUACGUGGGUCUCGCAGCGUUCGGAGGACGAGGAGGUGGCAAUAAAGCUGGGCGGAAAGCA